AUGGGUGCCAUCUGCUCCUGCUGCAAGGCCGAGGUGGUAGACUUUGAUGGGCCCGUGGAUCUCUACCACUUCUACCUGCUGCGCGCCGUCGGCAAGGGCGCGUUCGGCAAGGUGCGCGUCGUGCAGCACAAGCAGACCAAGAAUCUUUAUGCGCUCAAGUACAUCAACAAGGCCAAGUGCGUCAAGAUGCGGGCAGUCAGCAACAUCAUCCAGGAGCGGCGUCUGCUAGAGGAGAUGGAGAGCCCGUUCAUCUGCAACCUGCGCUACGCAUUCCAGGACGACGAGAACAUGUUCAUGGUGCUCGACCUGAUGCUCGGCGGCGACCUGCGCUUCCACCUCGACCGCGCCGGCAACAUGAAGGAGGACGUGGUGCGCUUCUACGUGGCCGAGCUGGCGCUGGGCCUCGACUACCUGCACAAGCUGCAGAUCGUGCAUCGCGACCUCAAGCCGGACAAUGUGCUGCUCGACGAGAAGGGCCAUGCGCAUCUGACCGACUUCAAUAUCGCCGUGCACUUCAGCCCCAAGCGACCUCUUAGCAGCGUGGCGGGCAGCAUGGCGUACAUGGCGCCCGAGGUGCUCGCCAAGCGCGGCUACCUCUCCACCGUCGACUGGUGGUCGCUCGGCGUGACGGCGUACGAGCUGCUCUUCGGUCGCCGGCCCUUCCGCGGCAAGACGAACAGCGCCCUCACCCACUCCAUCCUCCACGACCGCUGCCCGUUCCCGGAGAACGUGGACAGCAUCGUCUCGCGCGAGGGCAUGAGUGCCAUCCGUGCGCUGCUGGAGCGCGACACAAGGAAGCGCCUCGGCUGCAAGAAUGGCAUCGAGGACUUCAAGCGGCACCCGUGGUUCGACGGACUGGACUGGGGCGCCAUUGAGAGGAAGGAGGCGGUGCCGCCCUUCGAGCCAGAUUCAAAACGCGCCAACUUCGACGCCACGCACGAGCUCGAGGAGCUGCUGCUGGAGGACAACCCACUCAAGGCCAAGAAGCGCGACGAGAAGCGCGAGGCGUCGUCGCUGAGUCCCGAGCUGCGCCUGAUGGAAGAGCAGACUCUGUGCGCUGCUGCGCUCGAUCUGGUCAACGCACCUGACUGUCUCGCCGACUUCCUUGCCCGCAAUGUCGUAGCCGAGGUACUGCGUGUGGUCAAGCGUGCAGGUUCCGCCUGCCGGCACAGCGCCGAGCACACAUGUGCCGGCAAGGCAGAGAGGCUUGGGCGCUGA